CACCCGUCACACCGACGGCCACAUCAAAUCUGGGAGCUUAGCGUGUGACCCUUUUAUUUCUAUCGUGCAAUAAAAUAGCUGUAUAAUCCUAGAUAGAUCGAACGUUGGUGUAUCGUUAUUAUUAAUAAAUUUUUGUGUAAUUUAUGUGUAAAACAUGGAACGUGCAACUGGAACGGAGGUGUACGGGUGUGGCUCGCCACAAUCUUCGGACAUAACGCUGAACAUACAAACUACGACGGGUGGCAAUUUCUCCAUCAGCUUGAACGGUAAAAACACAGUGGAGCACCUGAAGAAGCUCGUUUCGAAGAAACUGAAAGUAUCCAAGGAUCGAAUAUGUCUUUUGCAUCGCGAAAGACAACUGAGGGACGGAACUCUCGUAGAAAACGGCCUGCUAGACGGAUCGCGAGUUAUUUUGCUGCCGAGCGUAGAGACGGGCCUUCUGAGUCAAAGACCAGAAAAUUCAGUGAUGCAAGCGUUAGAAUCUUUGAAUGACACUCAAGUGAACGACUUCCUCAGUGGCAAAUCACCACUGAAUCUUACAAUGAGGUUAGGGGACCACAUGAUGCUGAUACAGCUGCAGCUGUCCACUCUGAACUCUAGUUCCUCAGGUGGCACACGCACCUUGCGCACCUCCACACCCACUAAAUCUUCCUCGGUCCGUACAAAAUGUGACACAAAGGAAGGCCAUGUGGCUACACAAAAAGUUCUACAAUGCGAGGAAAAUUACCAAAAUAUUGACAAACCUAAGCCCAGCCAAUUGCAUGUUUUACAUAAGCAGGACUUGGACAUGAUACAGAAUGCAAUAGACCUGUAUCACACAAUAGCAGAGGAGAAAUAUGGGGCAAAGUCGGACAAAGACAAAGAGGAAACACUUGACAGCUCCAACUGUACACUAUCAGACUUGUCUGACACAUCCAUAGACAAUGAGCAGUCCCCUAUCAAGUCUUUAUCUAAUUUAGUGUCAAACCCUAUUGAUGUUUCCUCGGCGGAGGUGAGAGAGAAUAUAACAAAUUCAGUUAAAACGAGUUUAAUGGACCUCCUUGCUUGUAGUAAAUUGAGUGCUGAGGCUAUGCCUUCAACAAGUGGGGGGUGCGAUAAGCCCCAUCCGUCUACUUCACACACACCUGACAGCUCCCUGAGUGAUGAUAGCGAUAACUUUACUGAACAAAGCAAUUUUCUUGCCGAGAGUACAAUAGAUGAGUAUCCAAUGGAGCAUUUAUUCAACAGUGCCGUAGACAAAGGAUUGUUUGAGGAGCAGGACGAGUCCAUGAUGGACAGGGAGAUAUCCAAUUUAGCGACAACGAGUCAUGGAAACCAGCCGUCUACGUCUUGCACAUUACCUCCAUUCCAAAGUUUGAAUGAACCGUUAAAAAAUAAACGGUUUCAGUAUCUACUUCACAAGACUUCCAAAUUCAAACAUCCUAUAGGUCAAAACAAACAGAAGGCGUUUGUACAGUCUGUUGUGAAUAAACACAAGAAAAGAAUACAGGUGCAAGAAGCGAACGCCCCACAGCCUUCGACUUCAAGAACGGAGCCUUUUGUUUCUAGUGUUAAGAAGCCUUUACACAGUAGCCAAACUGAUGACUCGCCUGCCCCCUGUACUUCUAAACAGACAUCCUUCAAAGCCCCAGAUGCUCCUAAAAAGCCCCAAAGGUCUUCCCCGACACCUCCUGUAGACACUAAGGCCCUCAUAGAAGCAUCAAAGAAUUUAACUCAGAAACUCAAGAAACUGUCAAAGGAGGUAUUAACUAAUAAGAUUGAUCUCAGAGCAGCAGAAGAGACAGCGCGCACGAAGAUCGGGCCUGGGGCUGUGAUAGAGUCCAUGAAACACCAUGGCAAAGGAAUUUACUCAGGAACAUUUUCGGGCACCCUCAAUCCUGCACUACAAGACAGAUAUGGACGACCAAAGAGAGAUAUAUCAACAAUAAUUCACAUUCUGAAUGACUUGCUUUGUGCUGCUCCACCUAUUGCAAUAGCACAGAAGGAGUCAAAGCAUUCCUGCACAGUGUCAGAGGAGCCUAGCAAAUGUCCUGGAUGCAGUCAGCCGUCGUGCUCAUACGGACAGUGCGACGGUCACACUCCAACCACCAGCAAGUCCUGUCUCUGCGAGCACAAGAUGUGUCAGUGCAACCGAGUGGAAACCUGCUCAUCCUGCGACGCCAAAUCCACCACCGCCGAUAUUUGUAAAAAGUGCGAACUCGCGAAAACGUUAGCGAUGGAAAAUUCAAAGACUAAAUGCAAGCUGGAGCAACUCAGGCUGGUCAUGCAACAGAAGAAACAGAGACGCGAGGCCAGAAAGUUGAAAACGCUGCCUUACACUCCGCCUAAGAAUAUAACGACGCCGGAGCAGCCGGCCAAGAUACAGGAGGAGAUUGAGACGGUUGCUUAACACCAUGUCGCUUACUUACACCCGGCUUCUCGUUGCUAGUGCGCUCGCAUGACACUGAUCCGAUUGAGCAUGACAUGGUGCUAUAAUUCCGAAUACAUGUUACUAAUUUAAUUUAAUGCCUUAAACUUACGCAGAUAGCUAAUAUCAUUAUCAAAGUUAAUAGUUAUUGAAAUCCUUAGACAAUAUACGUUUUCGAGCACUAGCAACUCGUCACCGUUUAACUGGAAUAUUCUAAAUUACUUGUAAAUAAAUUUGAAUUGUAGUUCUAAAUUCUAAGUGCUUUAUUGCAUGUACAAAUGGUUAAAAAUCAAUUAGACUUUAGAGACGUAGCUGAGUAAGUUGUGGACAAUGUUGCCUACUGUGACCGGGUUUGAUUGUUAUAUUUUUAUUAUAUUUUAUUUUACUGGGUCAGUUCACUUUGUAGUCUUGCGUUUUUACUCUUAAGUCUUUCGAGUGAUAACAUUUUUUUGAAUAUUCACAUUUUUCUUCACGAAAAUUCUCUUGCACAUGUAAUUAUUAUUGGCACUGUUAUUAUUAUAUAGGCGAUGUUAUUUAUAUCUUCUUUCUUUGUUUUCUUUUCGUUAAACUUAUGUUGUUAAAAUAAAUUUCGUAACUAUACUUUUUUAAGUUGUUUUUCUUUUUAGUUUCAAUGUUAGUGGUAUUUAGUUUUAAAAAUUAGUAUCCAAAUAUCUAACGACAUUAAUACGAUACGAGAGUACUGGACCGGGCGGCCCCGCUUGAAGACCAUUAUAAAUAAUUAAUUUAGAGUUUAUCAACACGGGUCCUACCUGUAUCUUACGUCAUAUAAUAAGGCUUGUUAAAAGUUUUUGUUUGAGCACGGAAGGGCGAAAUUUUCCUGUAAAUUGUUAAAAGUAGAACCACUCGAACCACGAAAAUAUAUCAAAUUAUGUAAUUUAUAAUAAAAACAUGAGAUUUAUAAUGUACUGAAAAAUAUUUAAUUUAAACUCCGACAGGAUGUACCCUGAAUUUGAAAUUACAUUGACAUCAAAAUGCUUUGCAGUUGUGUAUCUGAGACUAACUGUAGAAAUGAAUAUUAAAUUAACAUUUUUAUACCAGGUUAAUAGCAAGUUAACCACAUAAAAAUGUUCGCAAUUUUGAAUUGAACGAGAAAUUUUGUAAUAAUUAUUAAAUUAAUUUCUGUCGUAGACCAUAGGAAAUUUUAUACUUUUUAAAAGUGUGAUCUUACUUUAUUGCACUUAUUUUACAGAGGCUUUGUUGCAUUGUUCAUUUGUUCUACGAGGUUGUUACCGAAAUAAAGAUAUGUAAUGUCUUCCUCGAUUGAAACGUGGUGUAAUAACAUAUGGUUCCAAAGACACGUGAAUUUUUCUAAAACUUGCGUGCAGAAUAAGAUACUGUAUAUUAUUGUACCAUGAUUUUGCAGUGUGAUCACUAGGGGGACCGUGCGUCACUUUUGGCGGGCGGUUCCCGAACGUUGAAGCAAUAAAAUGUUUUCCUCGCCGAGACGCCAAGUGCCUAUUAAUGUGUAGUGAAAUAUACAAAUAAGUGUUGUGCCAUAAGGACGUUUUACCUUUAUUUUAUACAUGGCACAGUUUACCGCUGUUGUUUUUGCGCCUUACUAUUUCGAUGUUUUUGCCAGUCAUGAUAGACUAUGCUCCGAGACAUUCUGUAUUUAUUUUUGUAAUUAUAGUUCAUUCGCGUUAAGAAUACAGUGUCAUUAUAGCAAAUGUUAUACUUGACUAAUGAGUUAUUUUAUAAAUUAUAUAGACUAUGGCUAAUUUGCUUACAUUUAAGCGUCAUUAGUCAAAGACAUUUACUUAAUUGAGUCACUGCUAACUUAGCGCGUAUGUAGUAUCAUGACUGAUGGAGACUGACACACCAUUACAUGUAAAGUCUUCUUAUUCACGAUCUCAAACGCUGGAAACGUCGGACGAUUUAAUGUAAUUUUGACUGUAUAAACUAUGUAUAUAUCCACCUGCGUUACCACGGUUGUUUUGUUGCUAUAUUUCAUAUUUGGCUGUAAGUCGGGUUUGCAAAAUUUAAAAAUCCCAUUUUGGUCCUUGUAUUUUGCAUGUUUAGAGAGAUGAAUAAAGUAACAUACUUAUAACUUAUCUUAA